CCUACCGGCCUACACCGACAUUACUCCAUGGUGCGGGGUUUACCAUCACAAUAGGUUAAAUUACUGGAUGUUUGAUUUCCUUGCAUGCCCUUAGUGGUCGUAGAGCAUGUAAUACGCCAACCCCGGGUGCUUUCCCGCGUCAUUUCAGGGAUUAACUCCCGCUAUUUCCGCCUACGUGAACACCACGAGUACCCUGGCAUUAAUAUCGAGUGCAACCCCGGAAAGCAGGAAUGGCAGACGAAUCUCUGUUUGACUUCCUCCAUAUGGAGAUCGUGUCACAUAUUUACAAGGAGCAGCAGUCCAGUAAAGGAGAGAUGGACAACAAGGACAGAGCUGCCUGUGUUUCUGUCCUUGAAAGCAUGGGCUUCAGGGUGGGACAAGGACUCAUCGAGAGGUUGGCCAGGGAUUCUCCCAGCUUCAAGGAUGAACUGGAUGUGAUGAAGUUCAUCUGUAAAGACUUCUGGACAAAGGUGUUCAGGAGGCAGAUCGACAACCUCAGAACAAACCAUCAGGGCACCUAUGUUCUGCAGGACAACAAGUUUUCUCUGCUGACUCAGCUCUCCUGUGGAAAACAGUACCUGGAUCAGGCUCCUAAGUACCUCGCUUUUUCGUGUGGCGUGGUGAGAGGAGCGCUGUCUAACCUAGGUCUGGACAGCGUGGUGACAGCUGAGGUCUCUGUUAUGCCAUCCUGUAAGUUCCAGGUGGUUAUCCAGAAGUUGUGACCUGCUCAUCUCCACUGCCCUGGUACUGAUAACAGGGCCCUGUGGGUUUCUGUUGAUCCUAAAGAGAGGAUAGAAGUUCCUGUGAGCAGUCCAACCGCAAAGGGAAUCAAACGCCAUCCUGAUUUCCACAACUGGGAUAAACAUGACUAGUGACUAGCCACGUUCUGCUCACUGCCAGGUACCCCUCACAGAGCAACAUGGGUUAGCCAGGGCUGACCUUUUACCUGUGGUACUCUAUAUAGAACAAUACAUGUUUUGUUCCUUUUGCAUCUUGGUUUUGAUAGAGGUUAUUUCCCAUCUGAGUGAAAUUAUGUAUAAUGUUCUCAACUUUAGGUUUCACUAAAUAAGUGGAGCCUGGCCCCGCCUGAGCCCACUUGGCUGAGCUUUGAAAAUAAAUAGCGAGUGUCAGUGGCUGUGAAUACAAAAAUGUGAAUGUAUAGUAAAUCACAAGGUUGUUCUUUGUAAUGUGUUGCAAUGUCGAGUGCCCAAAUAAAAAGAACUGAGUGCAUACUAUUAAAUAAUUGAAAAUGAAACAACCAGCAGAAUCUAGGAUAAGAUAUCAUUUUGGAUGAUAUUUUAGGACUGCCAACUGCCAUUCCAUCUCUUCUAGCAUCCCUCCAAAUAACAGAUAGUGAGCCUUUCAAAAUCAUUACACCUGGUACGUCAACAGCUCCUGGUGCUUUGCUCUGCCUUGAAGCAGAUUGCCUUUAGGAGCUGGGAGUUUCAUGACGUCAUUUAAAUUUCAGUUCAUUUUAAGGAAAAUGCAAAUCUAGAAUACAGAAGUUUUCGUUUAAUUACGUUAUAUUAUUAGGCGUGAUAACAGUUUCAGGGCCUCGUUUUUCUACAAAAUUGAAGGCUGAAUAGCAUCUACGGUACUUAUCACUCUGUUCCUCUGAAGUGAUAUUAUUGACAUCACAUUUCAGAACUGACCUUUGGACAGCAUUGAUAUGUAAAUGUUUAGUAGUGGGAUUUUCCUAGCAUACAGUAAGUUGCAAAUGUGACUGAAUCACUUUGUAAAGUUUUCAAAUCAUUUCACAUGGAUUUAUGGGUUACAUUUGUUAAUGGCACCUUGCUUUGUAUAAAAGUGUCCUCAAACAUGAGUCUUAAAUCAGCUGUGAGGCCAUAAGAAUGUGCAGUUUGUUUUAUUAUAUCUUCUGUAAACAUUUUCUCUAAAUGGAACCAUAAUGUUGUGAGAGGAGCACCUCAAGGCCCGUUCAACAAGAAACGCAUAUCAUCACAUUGAUACAGUGAUAAAGAAAUGAAUCUGUCUGGUAGAUGCUGUUACCUCUUUUUGCCACUAGAGGGACACAUAAAGCUGUCUCUAUUUUCAUGUUACCAAUUUACUGAUUUAUCAUGUAGGCAAGUUAUGUCCAGAGUCUCCUACUAUUUUCUACCUUGUUCUCUCAAAUCUCUAGUUUAUCUUUUUGAUAUACACCCAGUGUUUGUCUGGAUCAUCAGUUUCUUCUAGUAAUUCUUCAAAUGCUUUGUUGUUAUUACAAUUCAUAUGUGAUAAAACAAGAUGUGUACAUACCCCUUUCACAAAAAUAAUCAACUCUAUUUUCAUUUUAUUGACGUCAAAAAAAGAAUUAAGGUCAUGUCGUAACAUGACAAAUUAUGCCAAGAAUGGUGGUGUAAUCUUAACUUUUUGCCCUUUUAUUACUCCUCUGCGUUUCACAUUUCACUGUGCAACAGCAGGCCCCUUCCCCAUAACCUCUGCUUAAGUUAUUAAUAUUUCUUUCAUGUUGUUUAUCCAUAUCAUGAGGCUAGUAUUAAGAGCUUCUACUGUAUGUGAGUGUGCUGUACUUGUCAGAUAUUCAGUAUCAAAGUUUUCUGUCCCAGCAGGCCAAUCUGUAACUUCAGUUUUGAAGAAAACCAUGGUUAAUCUGAGAACAAGUUUACCAAAUUUCAGUAAAAUCCAGAUUAGUCAGAUUAGGUACAAUAAUUUACACUUUAGAUAUUAACCCUCUGGAUUUUCCUUAUAGUUGACAUUACUUCAAAAGUUCAUGGAUUAUGGUGCUCUCUCUGCUUUUUAUUUUUGUCUCUGCUCUAAUAAAGUACACCCGACGGUGUUCCAGUAUUCCACUGCCAUCAAUGUAAUAGUUUCACACAAUAAAGGUCAUUCCAUGUAUCCA